AUGGUGCAAUACGCACUUGUACCGUUGUUAUCAGCUGCUGUUGCUGUUGUCAGUUUAAGUAUUAUCGGUCCACAUGAUCCUUAUAAGCUAUUGACGCCAACCGUUAAUUUAGGAGUGUCAUGGCGCAACAAGUAUAUACUUGGUCAAGUAAUUGUGUGGAUCNGUCUCUCACUUAAGAAGUGGUCAAGUAAUUGUGUGGACCUCUUGGAUGACUUAUUAGAUGAAGAUUGUGCAUGCAAUCCUCUGGCUUUUGAUCGUGGCGAUGGAAUUCAUGUUUUAGGCAUGGAAUGGAUCCCUGAUACCGAUUGCUUUACUUAUGAUAUAAGUGCUAUAAAGUGUGUUCCCACAAAGCGAGUAGUACUUUCAGUAAUUGCUAGGAUUUUUGAUCCUUUAGGGUUUUUGGCUCCUAUGUUAUUUUAUGCCAAAUGUUUAAUGCAGCGACUGUGGAAGGCAAAGUUAACUUGGGAUGAUCCGUUGACAGCAGAUAUAGCUGAGGAGUGGUAUAAGUUUGUUAGUUCUCUUGGCUGUAGAACAUCAAUCCGAGUCCCUAGGUACAUUGGAGCUGCACUAGGAAAUUCUUAUGUAAUUUGCGGAUUUUGUGAUGCUUCUGAAAAGGGCUAUGCUGCUGUAGCUUAUCUUAAAGUAAUGGAUUCUGCUCAGAACGUGUAUUUAUACCUGCUCGGGUCUAAAACAAAACUGACUCCAAUGAAAUCUUUUACAAUCCCUAGACUAGAAUUAUGUGGUGCUGUUAUAUUAGCAAUAUGGUUAGCUCGCCUUAAGAAAAUUUUAGAAACCCAUUUAGGUUCUCUUAAUGUUUAUGUUUGGUCUGACUCAACAAUUGUUUUAUCUUGGUUGCUCAAUCCACAUGUUUCUUUAAAACCAUUUGUUUCAUAUCGUGUCAAUCAAAUCCAUAAACUGCUCCCUGAUUGUCAUUGGGCUCAUAUCUGUUCAGAGGAAAACCCUGCAGACUGUGCUUCACGUGGCUAG